UUUCAAUUCUUAACACUGUUCUUCUGCCUGCCGAUAUCUCACUUCACUGUCUCUCUCUUCUUCGGGAACCUCCAAAAAUAAGCCAAAUAGGAGAGACCCUUUUGCACUUCUGCUCUCCUUCUCUAUAGUAAUAAGCUGAAGUAGCAGCAAAUUUUUAUUCAGUAUUUUUUCAAGGUGAUGGAGAACAUAGGAAUAGUUUCAUCACCGAAAAUGGUAUUGGGUCUCUCUUCAAAUCCAAGGAAUUCAGUAAUUACCAGCAAACCCUUCUUUGGUCUUCCUCAUCUACCCAAAAGACCCUCAAAGAAUGCAAGAAUUGUCAGACCCACUACUUGUUUUGAAGUUGUCUCUUGUUUUCAGGGUCCAAGACUCACCAAAAAGAUUGUGCCAGAAAAAAUAGGGAGAGAUUGUUUUGCUAGCACAACUUCAGGUGGCCAGCAGACCUCUUCAGUUGGUGUAAAUCCACAAUUUUCAGCUCCAUCACCAUCGUCUCAAGUAGGGUCUCCUCUUUUUUGGAUUGGAGUUGGUGUUGGGCUCUCAGCACUUUUCUCAUGGGUGGCUUCAUACCUAAAGAAGUACGCAAUGCAGCAAGCAUUCAAAACAAUGAUGGGGCAAAUGAAUAGUAACCAGAAUAGUCCAUUUAGUAACACUGCUUUUUCACCUGGGUCACCUUUUCCGUUCCCACCACCACCUCCAAUGUCAGGUGCAGCUAGUUCAUCACCUACACCACCUGCAUCAUCAGCUUCAUUUGCAUCUCAGCCGGUUACUGUUGAUGUGUCCGCAACCAAAGUGGAGGAACCUCCAGCUGUAAAUGUCAAGAAGAAUGAUACAGAAGCUGAAAGGGUACCAAAGAAAAAUGCUUUUAUUGACAUAUCUCCCGAUGAAACAUUCCAAAAGGGUGCUUUCGAAAAUUAUAAAGAAUCAAAUGAGACAGCUUCAGUAACUGUUGAUCAGGUAACUCAAAAUGGGGCUGCUUCAAAGUCGGGAUUUGGUGCAAAUACAUCUGACAGUACCGGUUUUGGUGCAAAUACAUCUGAUAGUACCUCAUCAACUGAAAAAUCAAACCCGCUAAUGUCAGUGGAUGCUCUGGAGAAAAUGAUGGAAGAUCCAACAGUGCAGAAGAUGGUUUACCCCUAUCUACCGGAGGAGAUGAGGAAUCCUACAACAUUUAAAUGGAUGCUACAAAAUCCACAAUACCGUCAACAGUUGCAGGACAUGCUGAAUAACAUGGGUGGAAACCCAGAAUGGGACAACCGCAUGGUGGAUUCCUUGAAGAAUUUUGAUCUUAGCAGCCCUGAAAUUAAGCAACAAUUUGAUCAAAUAGGGCUUACUCCCGAGGAAGUCAUUUCGAAAAUUAUGGCUAAUCCUGAUGUUGCUAUGGCUUUCCAAAAUCCAAGAGUUCAAGCAGCCAUCAUGGAUUGUUCUCAGAAUCCACUGAGUAUCGCAAAGUAUCAAAACGACAAGGAGGUGAUGGAUGUCUUCAAUAAAAUAUCUGAACUAUUCCCUGGGGUGUCGGGUUCACCUUGAUUCUCUCCUUCCUGCUUUAGCUGCUGUUAUGUGACCGCUCCUUGUCAUUUUUGUUCUGUUUGAGUGAGGUAUCAGCCAGAACUGUUGGCCUCUAAGAUGUACUGCACACUCGGUUGGUUGUGUGCUAGCGAAAUGGUCAUUUUGCAACGGAUGCACAUGAAACUGUCGUCUCCUUGUUAAGAACAUAUAAACUCACUGCCCUUCUAAAAUUUUGUGCAUGUUAACAUGCCUUUGUUUAUCAGUAGUCUUUAGAAGCCAACUUCAGCUGUAAAUUUGCCAGCUUUUUAAUGAUUUUACAGUCACUUAUAACUUAUAUUAGCUUGUUCAACUGUAUGAUUUGAUGAAGAUAUGCUAUUCUUCUAUCUUGAUGUUUUGUUCUUA